AUGAAAGGGCGGUCAAAUCGCCCUCAGAAUAUGGACCCGCCGCCGGACGAAUGGGUCGAUGGUUCAUGGACAGUGGACUGCAUCUGCGGCGUUACCUUUGACGACGGUGAAGAGAUGGUAAAGUGCGACGAGUGCGAUGUGUGGGUUCACACGCGCUGUUCUCGAUAUGUCAAAGGCGAUGACAUGUUCGCUUGUGACAAGUGCAAGGCCAAAAACAACCGUGCCGGAGCUGACAACAACACCGAGGAAACCGAGGUUGCUCAAUUAUUGAUCGAUCUUCCCACGAAGACGAUCUCUCUUGAGAGAAGGAAUAAUAACAAAAGCAGUUCUCUUUCUUCCAGAGUUGCGUCUUGUUCUCGCCGUCCUUUUAAGCUUUGGACUGAUAUACCUAUGGAGGAGAGGGUUCAUGUUCAGGGUAUCCCUGGUGGUGAUCCUUCUCUUUUUGCUGGUAAGACCGUGUCUUCGAUUUUCGGUCCGCAGCUGUGGAAAUGCACUGGUUAUGUUCCUAAGAAGUUUAAUUUUCAGUAUAGGGAGUUUCCUUCUUGGUAUGAGAAUGAGAAUGAUUCUGAUAAGGGUGCACAAGAAAAUGAUACUGAUAUUAAGGAUAAGGAUAAUGGGGCUGGAGUUCUAUUAUCAUUUUCUAAAGUGACUAAUAACAUGUUACCCACAUCACCUGUUGCGGCUUUGGUGGAUAUGAAAUCAAGCCAGGGUAAGAAGGGUUUCAAGGAAAAUGGAACAGGGAAGAUUGGCAAGGAUCAUAUGCCACGCGUCCACAAUGCGGUCAAGAAGGAGAGGACUUCGCAUAGCCCUUUUGUUGUUCAUUCGAGUAAGCGUAGGAAGGAGGAAUUCUCCAAGGAUCGGAGUGGGAAGAAGAAGCGGGUCAAGACUUCUGACAGAGAGGAUCUAGAUCCCAAGAGGAAGACUUCUGAUAGGGAGGAUGUAGAUCCCAAGAAGAGGACUUCUGAUAGGGAGGAUGUAGAUCCCAAGAAGAGGACUUCUGAUAGAGAGGAUGUAGAUCCCAAGCGGAGGACUUCACAUUCUUCUAAAGCAGCGUUUACAUCAACCAGUGAUGCAAAACAAUUGCCAUUUUCUGGAGGCAGAGGUCCGAAGGUUUUCAAAGAUGACAUUCGAAACAUAAAGAAUAAAAACUUAAAAGACUCGGUGGCUCGAGAUCAUAUCCCUAAUGAUUCUUUUGCCGGGGGUAUCAUCAUGGAGGCAUCAAAUAACAACAACGUGACAACUACUGAGGAGUCUUCAGAAGCCUUAUAUCCUAACAAAGCAAGACAAAGUCAUUCUGCUGGAGAUGUAUUAGUAGAAGGGAAGACUGGCCAUAAAGUUCUUGAGAUGUCUUCUAAGACUGAUGAUGCAGUUACAUCAGUUCUAAAGCAUACUUAUCUUGAAAUUGCCUCAGCUAAAAAGAAGGGCGGAGAUUGCUUGGAAGCUAACCAUGUAGAUGAUACUUUAGUGAGAAGCCAUGCGAGUCCUCAGACAGAAGAUCAUUAUGGCUCUGCACCAGAAUUUAUGGGAAAGCAAGUUUCUCAAGAUAUUGACUGCAAUCAUAAACCAAGCUCUGGACAAUGCAAAGUUAAGGUGAAGAGAGAAGAAGAUGACAAUGAUAAGUUUAAGCUUUCAAAUUUUCAUUCUUCUCCUAUCAGCGGUCUUAAAAACAAUGGAAAGCCAUCCAAUCCCACAUCUGUUAUUGAUAAAGUCAAUGAUGCUGCAGUUGUCAGUUUACCUUCAUGUGAAGGUAAGGUAGGCAAUGUUGGCAUAUCUUCAGAAGUACUCCCUGAUAAUCAUACCAACAAACUCAAUGAAUUGCCUGGUGAUUUUUGUCCUGGAAAAGAAGAAGUGGAGGGGUCUGAAGGUUCAUUGGAAACACAAAAGGGAUUUUCAAAAACCAAAGAUGGUCUGGGCCCUGCUAAGAAUCCAUCUAAAUCUGAAGCACUUGAAUGUCCUAGUAAAAUGCUAGCUUCUGUCGGAAAGUUGUCUCCAACUUCAUGUACCAUGAACUCCAAAUCAUUGAGUCAGGACUUUAAAUCUGAAGAUACCGAAAUCGCUAAUCCUUUUACGAAGCAUGGAGCUAAAUCUGAUCGUAACAAUUACAUAAAGAGUGAAAGUUGUAUGAAUGAUGCUUCAAUGGAUGAAAUUCCAAGGAAGUCUGUAAGAGAGCGUCCAAAAUCCUCUUUGAAUCAUAAUUCAAAAGGACUGCAUUCAAGCCGGAGUAUUCAAAGUUCUGUUUCAAAGCAAGUAAAUCCAGAUGCACGAGACUCUGUUUACUGUUCAUCAACGAAACCAUCCACGGGUCAGCAGACUCCAAAUGUUUUUGGCUCUAGUGAGACUAAUGCAUCAAUACACCAUCAAAAAGGACCACAAGUGCAGAAUAAGAUUUCAUCCUCAGUGCCACAGAAAGUAGAAAAGCUUAAUCAAACAAAUACCCAUCCUUCCUCGAAGUUGAACCAGAACAAUACACCAUCAUCGAAUCCUUCUCCAACAUUAAAUUCUUCAAUGCUGAGUGAUGAAGAGCUAGCUUUGCUAUUGCAUCAAGAAUUGAAUAGUUCACCUCGUGUACCCCGGGUACCCCGUGCACGCCAAACAGGUAGCUUGCCACAGCUGACUUCUACCAGUGCUACAAACAUGUUAAUGAAGCGAGCUUCGGUUGGAGGAAAGGAUAACUAUUUGGUAUGUAAAAGAAAAUACAAGGAUGCAACUAGAGAUGGGGUUUGCAGUUCUCGUGAACCAGAAGAUGAGACUAAAAGGAUAGAGAAGGAGAAGGUUCAAUCAUCAUCUGAUCAUAGAAAACAAGACAUGGCAUAUGUGGAAGAUGCUUCUGUAAAGGAAGAAGGAAGCCACGCAUGCGUGACAGCUGCAAACUCUAUUACAAACAAUGUUGUUUCCACAACCCCUGCCACUGAAAACAGCAGCCCACCUUCCCCUCGUGAGGAUUGUAAUUUAUCAUCAAUGAGGAACUCACCCAGGAAUAUAUCUGAUGAUGAUACAACAACACCUGGAAGGCCAGUUCAUCACACCUUACCUGGUCUAAUCAAUGAUAUAAUGAGCAAGGGAAGACGCAUGACAUACGAGGAACUCUGUGGUGCUGUGUUACCACACUGGCCCAACUUGAGGAAACAUAAUGGAGAGCGAUAUGCAUAUGCAAGUCAUUCCCAAGCUGUUCUUGAUUGUUUGAGGAACCGGCAUGAAUGGGCAAGGCUGGUUGAUCGUGGCCCAAAGACAAAUACUACUAGGAAAAGGCGUAGUAAGCUGGAUGCUGAAGAAUCUGAUGAUAAUGAAUAUGACAAGGGAAAAACUGCAAAAGAUGCCGAAGGGAAGAACUUGGAAUUGCAAAAAGAAGAGUUUCCUAAAGGUAAGCGCAAAGCUCGAAAACGCAGGCGACUGGCUCUUCAGGGAAAAGCAGUAAAGGAUGUCAGAAGGAAACAAAAAGCCGACUCACUUACUGGCGAAGACGUAGGCCCAUUCUCCAAUACCAGUGAAGAGAGUUUGUUUAGUGAGGAUGGAAUUCAAGUUGACAGAACAUGUCCAGCAGGAAGUACAUCGGAUGAGGCGGGAAGUGCUUAA